AUAGAUUUUCAUACCUUUUCAAAGAAUAAGACCAAUGUUAACCUGAUUAUGCUCUAAAAUUUAGAAAGUGUGAGGUAAGGGAAGCACCAGGGCAGUUAUGUCAAGUAUGACUAGAGGAAGGCAUAGAUGUAGUACAUGAUGUGAAGCGACCAUUAAUUACUUAGACUAGGUCACAAGAGAGGAUUUAUGGGAUGAAAGCAAUAAAUUUAGCAGAAUAUGACUUCUAAUCUGAGAAUUAGAGAACUGGUAAAUAUGAAGCCAGAGUGAAAUAAAGAUGGGGAUAUCAGUGAAACCAAAGGAAGACAAGAGGUAAUGAAAGUCUAAAUGCAGGUGAUGGAAAUAAAGUAGUAGGGAGACAACAUGAGUAAGAAAUAUUGCAGGGAUAAAAUCAAUUGUUAUAUUUUUCCUACAAGGGAAUAAGACAAAAAAUGUAUAAUUAAUAUCUCAUCUCAAAGAGUUUAAUCUGUAAACACUGUUUAAGGUUGAAUUUAGUUGCACUUUUACUAAUAUUUCAAAGAUGAGGUUAUAAUGACAUCGAAGACCAAUAUGGAAAGUAAAUAAAGAAAAUAGAAAAAGGGAAAUCCCAUUAUAGGUUCUUAGCACUAUUUAAGAGAGUGUGUUUUUGAAGCAUGAUAUGCUAAGUAGCUGAAACAAAUAACUCUAAGGUUAGACAGAACCAGAUUAUCCAUCAGCAUCACCAUAAUGUCCUGGACCUUGUUGCCAGUUGCCCUGGUUCUGCUCUGCUCCAGCACCCUCUGCUCCCUGGGCUGUGAUCUGACUCAGGACCUGAAGAAAGACUUCUCCCUUCUGAACCAAAUGAGCACAUUUUCCCUGCUGCCAUGUCUGAAGGACAGAACCAACUUCAACUUCUCAAAGGAAGCCAUGGAGGUCAGCCAGUUCCAGAGGGAAAAUGCCACAGCCAUUGUUCAUGAAAUGCUCCAACAGAUCUUCACCAUCUUUAGCCUGAAUACCACUCCUGCUACUUGGAAUCAGACCCUGCUCAGGCAACUUCUCAUUGGACUGGAUCAUCAGCUGGACCAGCUGGAGCAGUGUCUUGGGCAGGAGGUGGAGUGGGAAGAGCCUUCCUUGGGAAGUGAGAACCCCAGAGGGGUCCUGAAGAGCUACUUUCAAGGGAUAAGGGCAUAUCUGCAAGGCAAAAACUACAGCCACUGUGCCUGGGAGAUGACCCGAGUGGAAAUCAGGAGGAUCUUUCUUUUCAUGAGCAAAUUCACAAGAGAAUUUCAGGACUGAAGAAAAAGAAAUAGACUCAGUUCUUCAAAUA